CCGGCUGCGCCGCCAUGAGCACCGGCAGCUUCACCGUCUCGCAGCCCCUCAAUUACCGCGGCGGGAAACGAGUGCAGCCCGCCGACGGCUCCGGCACCGAGGAGGCCUACGAGCCGGCCACAGGCCGAGUAAUAGCUACUUUCCAGUGUUCUGGAGAGAAGGAAGUCGAUUUGGCAGUUCAGAGUGCAAAAGCUGCUUUUAAAAUAUGGAGGAAAAAAUCAGGCAUGGAGCGUUCCCGAAUCCUUCUGGAAGCUGCCAGGAUAAUUAGAGAACGGAGGGAUGAAAUAGCUACUGUGGAGACCAUCAACAAUGGGAAAUCUAUCUUUGAGGCUGGAUUCGAUAUUGAUAUUUCUUGGCAGUGCUUAGAGUAUUAUGCAGGCUUGGCUGGUUCCAUGGCAGGUGAGCAUGUCCAGCUGCCUGGUGGAUCAUUUGGAUACACCAUACGGGAGCCUCUCGGGGUAUGUGUGGGAAUUGGAGCAUGGAACUACCCUUUCCAGAUUGCUGUUUGGAAGUCCGCCCCAGCUUUGGCUUGUGGUAAUGCCAUGAUCUUUAAACCUUCUCCCUUCACGCCUGUGUCAGUGGUGCUGUUGGCCGAAAUCUACACUGAGGCUGGGGUACCUCCGGGGCUCUUCAAUGUGGUGCAAGGUGGAGCUGCUACAGGCCAGUUUCUGUGCCAGCAUCGAGAUGUGGCCAAAGUUUCUUUCACUGGGAGUGUGCCCACUGGCAAGAAGAUCAUGGAGUUGUCUUCUCAAGGCAUCAAACCUGUCACCUUAGAGCUUGGAGGCAAAUCUCCCCUUAUCAUCUUCUCAGACUGUGAUAUAGAGAAUGCUGUGAAGGGAGCAAUGAUGGCCAACUUCCUCACCCAAGGCGAGGUUUGUUGCAAUGGCACCAGAGUGUUUGUGCAAAGAGAAAUUCUGGAUAAAUUCACAGAGGAAGUAGUAAAACAAACCCAGAAGAUAAAGAUUGGGGACCCCCUUCUGGAAAACACAAGAAUGGGCCCCCUCAUUAAUCGAUCACAUCUGCAACGUGUUCUUGGGUUCAUUGAACAGGGAAAGAAGCAGGGUGCUAAAGUGUUGUGUGGUGGAGACUUGUAUAUUCCAGAAGAUCCCAAACUGAAGGAUGGAUACUACAUGAAACCUUGCAUACUAGGAAAUUGCAAAGAUGACAUGACCUGUGUGAAGGAAGAGAUCUUUGGACCAGUUAUGUCCAUUUUGCCCUUUGACACAGAGACUGAGGUCCUCGAGAGAGCCAAUGACACCACCUUUGGACUUGCAGCUGGUGUCUUCACAAAGGAUAUCCAGAGAGCUCACCGAGUGGUGGCUGAGCUUCAAGCCGGAGUGUGCUACAUUAACAAUUACAAUGUUAGCCCAGUGGAAUUGCCCUUUGGUGGCUAUAAGAUGUCAGGAUUUGGCAGAGAGAAUGGCCGUGUGACAAUUGAGUAUUAUUCACAGCUCAAGACCGUCUGUGUCGAGAUGGGUGACGUGGAGUCUGUAUUCUGAUGAGCUGAGGCAAAGAUCUCUGAAAACAGCACCACGUGCUGGGGUCACAAGAUGACUAUCUUGACACCAAGCGUAACUGAGCACUAAUUGGGACCCGGUCCUGUUCAGCCUUUGGAAUUCUGGUCCUUCAGGAAGAGAGAAAGGAAUGACACUCGUUUCUUAGCCCAGGUACCCUGUUAAAAACAUGUAAUAACAUUUUCUACAAAUUAACCAAAAGAGCUGUGAUUUUUCUCCAGUGUGAAUCUGUCCAAGAUCCCGAAGUGCCAACUUUAUGUUCUCUCUAGGAGAGCAGGAAUGCCUAGGACCUCAAGGGAUUAGAUCCAUAAGUGGUAUUUGUUGCUUCUGUCUAACCUGUUUUAAAGUUCCUAAGGUGAUAGUUUUGCUCAGUGACUAUUUUUAUUAAAUAUCCUAGUACAGGGGUGGGGAACCUGCGGCCUUGCGGCCACAUGUGGCCCUCUAGGUCCUUGG